CCAUAUUCUUAACAUGCAUUCCAGUUUGAAGGAGCCAUCUUAACAUUAGCCUAUUUAUGUUUCCAGUGGGGAGAUUUAUUUUUGAUAGUAGUUUGUAAUAGUGUCCACAUGGAGGCAUCAUAGACCGUCACUUUGUGCUCGCGGUUCAUAAUCUGCAGCUCCUCCCAGAUUCACCGGAUGAAUAUUUCUCAGGCGAUCAAGACAAAGAAACGAGACGUGGCAGUGAGAAAGACGCACGGGGAAUCAUGUGUGCUGCGUUUGAACUCAUCGAUUCUCAUUUUUGAAAGGAUCUGGUUUCUUUGUUCAAUGUGGAUGGAUGGAAUUAUGCUUCUCCCGGACAGAUCGAGCGCUUUGUGGAUUUAUUGUGCCGUCGCUCUGCUGGGUUGUUUCUGGGAAGCGGUUUCUGCUCAGCUGUCUUACUCCGUUUCAGAAGAGGCGAAUCUGGGGACUGUUGUUGGAAAUGUCGCCAAAGAUUUGAACCUAAACGUGCAGGAUUUGCAGUCCCGCAUGUUCCAGAUCGUUGCGGGAUCAAAGAGAAAGUACUUCGAGGUAAAUUUAAAGAGUGGUGCGCUUUACGUGAGCGAGAGAAUAGACAGAGAGGAGCUCUGCGGCCAUGAAGCGAAAUGUUCAAUUACGGUAGAAGCGGUGAUUAAUAAUCCUCUCAAACUGUACCGCAUCGAGGUUUUGAUCUUAGAUGUAAAUGAUCAUUCUCCUGUGUUUCAAAGCGAAUCUCAACAUAUCAACAUUAGUGAAAAUACAUCAGCAGGGAAAAGAUUUCGUCUGCAUUCAGCUGACGAUGCAGAUUAUGAGAGAAAUUCAGUGACUGCCUACAAACUGAGCCCGAAUGAAUAUUUCUCUCUUGUAACGCAAAAGGGGGACAAGGCCGUCCCUGAACUGGUUCUUCAAAAAUCUUUAGACAGAGAAAAGGAAUCAUUGAUUCAUCUUACAUUGACCGCCAUAGACGGUGGAACCCCUCCUAAGUCUGGAAUGAUGUCCGUAAUCGUCACUGUUCUGGACAUCAAUGAUAAUGCUCCUGUUUUUAGUCAAUCGCUGUACAAAG